CGCCUUGUUCUCCUCCGUCAUCUCUCCGGCUGUAUUUUAGGCGCCCUCAGGUCGAGUUCGGCAAUGUCUUCCUUUCCCUCAAUAUCUUCCCCCAUUCCGAUACCACAAGGCACCUCUAUUGAGGAUGAAGCCCGCACUGCAUCAACACAUCGCGCGACGAAGCGCAAGCUGGACGACGCGUUCUCGAGGCUGGACAGUGCGAUUGGACAGGAAGAUGAAAGACCACCUCCUCCAAAGAGAACCAACACGUCAAGCUCGUUCCUCAGCACGCUUUCGCGCUACGGGAUCAUGUCCAAGUCCAAGUCGGCACCCUCUUCCUCAAGUACUAUGCUCAGGCGUACACCUCACCUCAGCAAGAUUCUAAGCCGCGCAAAGUCCACAUUCAGGCCACCCCCCACCACCUCAGCCGCUCCUCACGCCGCCUACCGUCCUUCCUCAGUGACUUCCUUCCUCGAGCGACUGGCAACUUUUAAGAUUGCGACGUAUUCCGGGAAGCCGAAAUGUCUCGAGGCAUCCGCGGCAGCGGCGGCGGGGUGGAUAAACGACGGAAAGGAUCGACUGGUUUGCGGGAUCUGCAACGCGUCAUGGGUUGUCGCAGGACGAGAGGGUCUUUCCCGCGACGCGGCGAAUGCGCUUGUGGAAAAGCAGCGCGCAUCUUUGGUCGAUGCGCACAAGGAAGGCUGCCCAUGGAGAAAACAACAAUGCGAUGCCUCUAUCUACCGAAUACCUCUGCAAUCACCUCAGACCAUGGUCCGCGCCAUCAAGUCCAACGCGGUCGCGCUCGACACACCCUUCGCCAACGUGCACGUCAAGCACCCCCUCUCCUCCACCCAACUAAGCUCGCUCAAGCAAACGAUCGCGAACUUCAGCUUACCCGACGCUACUGGACCUGUCCCCAAGCCGUGCGAUGCUGCCGUCCUAGCCUCGCUCUUCGGUUGGUCCGUCCCCGCCACCCCGGAGCGGCCGUCGUCACUCUCUCGCCCAACCUCUUUCACGCGAAAGACGCCCAGCCUAUCGCGGGCGGGGACGCCUUCAGCCUCGCGCGCCGCCACACCAGCACCGAUGGCCUCCAUCUCUCGGCCGGGGACGCCAACAAAUGCGGCUAGGCGGUCUGCGUUUCUCCCAUUGGCAUCUUCUUCGCUCUCUAUCGCUUUGGGCACUGGUCAGGGCGCUGCUAGCGCCGGUGACAUCGUGCACUGCGCGCUGUGCCAGCGUAGGGUGGGCUUGUGGGCAUUCCGCGCCGCCGAGACCGAGAACGGGAAUGCGAAUGGGACUGGGCACACGCUGGAGGGUCCUUCUUCGCCGUCACCCAGCGAGGAACCGGCGCGCAAGCCACCUCCUCGUCAGUUUGAUCUACUGAAGGAGCAUCGCGCCUUCUGCCCCUACGUCGUUCAGUCGACGGUCGUGCCCUCGAUGCAUGUCUCGCCAUCGGGGGCCAACGGCCUGACCAGGUCGGCGACCAACGCGAGCGCAUUCGAGCAUGGGCGCAAGAGCAGCGUCGAGCAGCACCGCAAGACCGGCUCGACGUCCUCGCUCGCCGACCCGAACGCGCCCGUCGAGGGCUGGCGCGCGGUGCUGACGAUCGUGCUGCGCUACGGCGCGAGUAGGCGGCAGCGAGAGCGCAUCGAGGAGGGGGUGGAGUUGAUGGCGACGAGGGAGGCGGAGGGAGGACCAAGCGCAAGAGAGGGAGACGAUGACGCAAUGAGCGAGGAUAGCGCGGGCGUUGAGAGUAUGGUGGAGGACGUGAAGAAGCGAGGGGGGAGGGAGUUGCUCAAGUAUGUCAAGGGUUUGAUUGGGUAGCGACCAACGGUGACAGAGUGUGUCCUUGGUAGACAAUAGAUAACCGCAUGCUCGGAGGACUUCCUUUGCGCGGCGUCUACUGCUUUCCAGCGGGGACGUACGUUUCCAGCGGGGACGUACGGCGGCAUCAUGUCGUAUACGAAUACGGUGCUUCGGUUUGGUCUAGAGACGCAGAGCCUGCCUGUCGCUGAACAGAAGUCGUAGUCCGCCGCUGUGCCGGACCCUUGCCCA